UUAAGCAUGUACUAAACACUUGCCUUUGGGUUUGCAGUGUGAGUUCUGAGUCAUGCGGCCUGAGGUAAAACUGAUAAGGACUUAAGAUAUUGCAGUUAUUUCCUCCUUCCUAAGAUACCAUGUUGUUUUUGCAGAAUAUAUGUGCCCAUGCUUUUAUCUAGUUGGGCAUUUUAGCUCCUGUCACAGGUAAGAUGCAUGGGGUUGAGAUGAGGAGCAAGCAAGGCUCCAUCUGCUGCUUAAGCUGCAGAAAUGGUGACUUCCAACGCAGUGAAGCAGCCAGGACUGGUAACAACUUAAACCACCACAGUGUGACCUGAUCAGUCUGCCUGUUAGACCCCAAAGCUAAAUAUGGACCACUGAUAAUGAGAUGCAGACAGAUACAAGAGUUGUUACUAAUUCUGCCUCUGAGCAGGACUCAGUAAUUAAUUCAUUCAUAGGCAAGACCCUUUUAACAUAUUAAAAUGAAAAAAGGAUGUUUCAAAUUAAAACAUUUUCAACUUUCCUUGAUAGGUUUGUUCCCAGAUGUGAACAAUCUAUGAAUAUGUGAAUAUAAAUUGAAGAGUGGCUUUUCAAGAACAUAGGUUCUUUGUCAAUCAUUUGUCUUACCACCUGUGUUUUCCUACUUUUAUGUUUCUCAUGCAUCCUUUAGAAUGACACACAGCAUCGUUCUAAGCAUGGCUCUGUGGUUGACCAUAGUCGGGAAGCCUGGAAACAUGCUAUUGAGAAAGCUAAGCACAUGCCUGAUCCGUGGGCAGAAUUUCAUCUUGAGGACAUUGAGACAGAGCAUGCCACUCGUUACAGAUACAAUGCGGUUACUGGGGACUGGGUUGAAGAUGAAGUCCUCAUCAAGAUGGCUUCACAACCUUUUGGUCGUGGAGCAAUGCGGGAGUGUUUCAGAACGAAAAAGCUGUCUAACUUCUUACACACGCAGAACUGGAAAGGUGCCUAUAACUAUGUUGCCAAGCAAUACAUAGAGAGUGUGGGCAGGGAUGUGUAUUUUGAGGAUGUCCGACUUCAGAUGGAAGCAAAACUCUGGGGAGAAGAGUACAACCGGCACAAGCCACCAAAACAGGUGGAUAUAGUACAGAUGUGUAUUAUUGAAAUGAAGAACAGACCUGGAAAGCCUCUUUUUCACCUGGAACAUUACAUUGAGGGCAAAUACAUAAAAUACAACUCAAAUUCUGGAUUUGUGCGAGACGACAAUAUUCGUCUUACCCCACAAGCCUUUAGUCACUUCACCUUUGAGCGCUCGGGACACCAACUCAUUAUUGUUGACAUCCAGGGCGUUGGAGAUCUUUACACGGACCCUCAGAUCCAUACAGAGAGUGGUACAGAUUUUGGGGACGGCAACCUAGGUGUUCGAGGUAUGGCCUUGUUCUUCCAUUCUCAUUCCUGCAACAAGAUUUGCAAAAGUAUGGGGCUUGCACCAUUUGAUCUUUCAUCCAAAGAGAAAGAUGCCUUGGAUUGUAAUAGAAAAUUGCUUGAAUCCGCUCAAACAAUUCUCCGUGGCACAGAGGAAAAAUGUGGCAGCAGCCGGGUGAGAACACUCUCUGGUAGCCGACCCCCUCUGCUCUUCCGCCUGUCUGAGAACUCUGGAGAUGAAAGCAUGAGCGAUGUAGCAUUUGACUCUCUGCCCUGCUCUCCUUCCUCAGCAACCCCUCACAGCCAAAAGAUGGACAUGCUUUGUUGGCCUGUGUUCAAUGAAGUAGAUAACCUUGUUCACAAAGACUAUGAUCAGCUUGAUAACCAAAGGGAUUGUGAAAAUGGUGGAGACAGUGGAUAUCCCAGUGAAAAGAGAAGUGAGCUAGAAGAUCUGGAUCAUAGAGAGAGGGGCCAUUCAAACAACAACCGAAGACAUGAAUCUGAUGAAGACAGUUUGGGAAGCUCUGCAAGGAUCAGUGUGGAGAAACUGAAUCUGUACAACUCUAGAAGAGUCCACAUCCACAGACCAUCCUGUGUUGCCCAAGAAAUUCAGAGGCUCAAUGCACUAGAACUUGAAAAGAAAAUUGGGAAGUCCAUCCUUGGGAAGGUUCAUUUGGCCAUGGUUCGCUAUCAUGAAGCUGGGCGUUUCUGUGAGAAAGAUAAGGAAUGGGAUCAGGAGUCAGCCCUGUUUCACCUGGAGCAUGCUGCAGACUGUGGGGAGCUGGAAGCCAUUGUUGGGUUAGGACUCAUGUGCGCUCAGCUGCCACAUCACAUUCUUUCUGAGGUCACUCUUGAGGACACAAAGGAAAACAGGAAUAAAGGAUUUGAGUACUUGCUGAGAGCAGCAGAAGCUGGAGACCGACCUUCCAUGAUUCUGGUAGCAAGAGCAUAUGAUACAGGUGUAAAUCUUGGUUCAGACAGAGUACAGGAUUGGAAGGAGGCACUGUACUGGUACAAUGCUGCACUGAACAUGACUGACUAUGAUGAGGGAGGUGAAUAUGAUGGCACUCAGGAUGAGCCCCGGUAUCUGCUCCUGGCCAGGGAAGCAGAGAUGUUAAUGACAGGAGGGUUUCACCUGAAUAAGGAUCCACAGAGAUCAGGUGAGCUGUACACUGAAGCAGCAGAAGCAGCAAUGGAAGCCAUGAAAGGCAAACUGGCAAAUCAGUACUACCAAAAAGCAGAAGAGGCUUGGGCGAUGAUGGAAGAAUAACACCACAAUUAAGCAGUUCUUGUAUAUAAUUAUUUUAUAGACUUGCUGCAUUUGCAACUAAAAAGAUGUAUUUUUAUGUGGUGUUACCAGUUUCUUUUUUGGUAUUUUAGUUUUCUAAUUUUUAUUUUUGAGAGGGAAAAUCCAACUGUAAGGAGUAUAUACAGUGCCAUAGCGUACCUGGUGUUUGAAAGCUGUAAUACAGGCACACUUGACCUUUUGUAUUUUUUUAGCUUUUAGAACUGAGGGGCCUGAUUGUUUUGUUUAGGUUUCACACGUCAUUUUUACACAGCAAAUGCUCAGUAUGUUUACAUUUUUCUUCUACUCCUCACACACAGAAAAAAAAAACAUUUUCCUAAAUUCUCAACAUUUCUUCUUCAUUUUUGGUGUCUCUCACUAAAUUUGCAUGUGAGUGUAAAUUUUCAAUUUAAGCAUGCAACUACUCAUUUUAAUAAGUAGUCCCACUCUUUUCCACUGACGUUGUGGGCACUUCUGUUACUCUUUUGAAAUGAAUUCCAGGUAGAAUCCUUACUGUGUGGGGAGGGGCAGGGAAGGUGCUUCUGAUUGGUAGUGAGGAUAUUCAGGGUAGAAUAUGUUUUAUUCACUACCCACAUUGCAUUUUUUACAAUCAGAAAAUGGCUGAUGCUCCUGAUGAGGUGACGCUCAUCAUUUACCUUUCUCUUUUUCACAUUUUGCACCAAAUAAUAACCUAGUUACAUAAAAUUCUGAUGAUCUUCUGUGAUAUUUGUCCAAUGAUGUAAAGUACCAAGAUCUGCAAUAUAUGGAUAACUUGAAGUUAUGUUUACAGUGACAUCUCAAUUCUCAGUGAAGCUAGAUCAUCUCAAUUAAAGUGGAAAUAUACCUUCCAGCAUUUCCAGAGGGAGUUUUGAAAAGGUUAGAGGCUGUUGAUUUACCUCUUUUUAUGUAUAGAAAAUAAUUUGUUUCAAAUAGCUUUUAAAUAGUGUUUUAUCUGUGAAUGGUUUCAAAUGCCAGUUAGAGAAAAUUGCUGGUUAAAAAGAAAAAGCAGUAUUAUCCCCACACACUUGAUUUUCUGUGUCCUGUUUGCAUAACCCUAAUCAGUAAUGGGAGGACAAAUAAAUGGUGGUAAUUGAA